ACCACCACUCUUCUUACCAUCUCUCAUGUCUUGGUUGGCUUCAUGUCAACGCUAACAGCCAAACAACUCAACCCAAGCAAUAAAAACCCUACAUUUCCCACUAACUUCACCCACAAACUAAGAAAACCAAAAACACCCCAACCCAAACCAAAGGUUAAGAAGUUAACAUCAUUAACUCUUUUGACAAAAGUGUUCCCUUUUUCCCCCUUUGCCUAUUCUCCCACUAACCGUCAUUUUUUUGCUUUGCCACAUCGUAACACCACAUCAUCAUCAUCAUCCUUAGAUUCCAAUGCUAGUGGUUUCCCUCACCCUAUGAUCAUGUUGUGGGAUAAAAAUAAAAAUAAAAAUAAAAAAGUUUUAGACUUUUAUUAGACUGGAGUGAAACAGCAAGAGAUGAUGAUGAUGAUGGAGGAAGAGGAGAAAGAAGAAACAACCAACCACAACCUAGACAAAAACAAAAACCAAAACCAAAACCAAAACCAAAACCUUAACCUAGGACACAACAACUCUCUCCCGAUCAAAGAAGAGAGUGGUUUCAGAUCAAAGGGUUUCGGAGGUGGUGGUGGUGACAGAGUGAAGAGAGAUGAAUGGAGUGAAGGAGCAGUUUCAACCCUUCUUGAGGCCUACGAAGCCAAAUGGGUGCUCAGAAACAGAGCCAAACUCAAAGGCCAUGACUGGGAGGACGUGGCUCGGCACGUGUCGGCACGUGCCAACUGCACCAAGUCGCCGAAAACCUCCACACAGUGCAAGAACAAGGUGGAGUCGAUGAAGAAGAGGUACAGAUCAGAGUCUGCAACUGCAGAACAUCCCUCCUCAUGGCCUCUCUAUUCGCGCCUCGAUCUUCUUCUCAGGGGAACCGGCCCGCUCCUCCCCUCGCCGCCGCCGCCGCCGCCACCGCCGCCGCUCCCUGCGGUACUCCCGGCGCCACCCUCGCCGCCGUCAGAGCCACUUGCAGUUGUGCAGAACUCGCAUGGAUCCAAUGGGGUUGAUGAUAAGCUUGUCAAGGAAGAUGUGUUAGCAGCAAAGUCUUGUGAACAUGUAUCUAGCAAGAAUCCUUUGGACACAGACAGCAGCACUCCUGCACUUUACAGCAAUAAGAAGGAAGAGAUGAGAUGUAACAAGAGGAAGAAGAAGGUGAUUGAGAAGACAACAGCAGGGAGAAGAAGAAAAGAGUAUAUGGAGAUAGCAGAAAGCUUAAGAUGGUUAGCAGAAGCUAUGAUAAGGUCAGAAGAAGCAAGAAUGGAGACAAUGAAGGAGAUAGAGAGAAUGAGAGUUGAAGCUGAGGCCAAGAGAGGGGAAAUGGAUCUCAAGAGAACUCAAAUAAUUGCCAACACACAGUUAGAGAUUGCUAGGAUCUUUGCUACUGUCAACAACAAACCUCUUGAUUCAUCUCUCAGGAUUGGAAGGAGUUAACAUCUCAAAUAAAUCAUCUUUUUCUUGUAACUGCACAUAAACACAACGAAUAAUAAUGUUAUUUAUGAUUCUC